AUGAAAGCAGCACGUUUCUAUGCUGCAGGAGAUAUCCGUGUUGAGGAUGUGGACCCGCCGCGAGCAACUAAUGAUAAGGUUCUGGUGGAAGUAGAAUGGUGUGGAAUUUGCGGAAGCGACCUCAAUGAAUAUGUUCGAGGACCCUACGCAAUCCCUGACGAAAAGAACGGACCUCAUCAUAUUACUGGCGAGAUGUUGCCAGUCACAUUGGGUCAUGAGUUCUCCGGACGAGUCGUUCGGGCACCACCUACAUCCUCUCUCGUCCCAGGGCAGCCAGUAGCCAUUGAUCCGCGGUUCUUCUGCUCAUCUUGCCCUGCAUGUAAGGAGACGGCAACGAACUGCUGCAGACAUGUGGGAUCUCUGGGUCUGUCUGGGGGAGGAGGGGGCCUUUCUGAAAUGGUUUCUGUUCACCCGGCCAUGCUCCAUCCGCUUCCGGAAGGGACUGACCUGGCUGCAGCAGCAUUGAUCGAGCCCCUGGCGGUUGCCUGGCGUGCUGUCAAACGCAGGCCUAUUGGCGUGGCCACGGUAUUUGUAUUAAAGGCAGAGGGUUGCGAUAUGAUAUUGGUGUCUGAGAAGGCUGCGCGCCGUCGGGAAUUUCUGGCUGACGUUGUUCACGCUGCCUUUGAUCCUACAGAGGUCAAUAUUUGUGGAGAAAUGCAGGGAACUCACGGGCGGAGCUGGGGUGGAAAUAGGUGCAUGGCACUUAUAUCAAUCUGGCAAUUCCAAAAGCUCCAGUACGAGCACUUCCUACUAAAGGAGCUAACAUUCAAGACCUUCUUGGCGUAUGACGAGACGGACUUCAAAGAAGUGGUAGCUGCCUUUGGCUCAGGGCGAUUUGCGGGGGUAGAAAAGAUGAUUACCCGCCGUAUCUCCUUAGAUGAGAUCGUGGAGAAGGGGUUCAAAGAGCUCACAGAGAAUCCCGGGGAUCAUAUAAAGAUCAUAGCCAGCCCGAAAAUUCGGUUACUAUGA